AACGCAUUUUGGUCCCUUUAAUUACAAUUUCACUAACUUAUUUUAUAUAAAAGCUUCCAUACGUUCCCCAUAUUUCACUCAGACAAGAAGAUAUCUAAAGCCAUCAAAUCCAUAAAAACUCUUCGUUUUUAAUUUUGAGCUUCAUCAAUGGCGAAUCAAGCAGCUGUUGCAGCAUUAUUCCUUUUCGUUUUGGCUGUCUUCUCCAACUUCGAGCUCUCAGCUUCUACUCUUGUCAGCAGCAAGGUUACUUGCCUUGACUGCCACCACGAUUUCGACUUCUCAGGCGUUAAGGUUCUCCUCAAGUGCGACGGAGAGAAGAAAACGAUAACCGUAAUGACGGCUUCAGACGGAACUUUCCGGUCAGUGCUUCCAACUGCUGACAACAAACGCUCCAUGAAAUGUCUUGCAAAGCUCUUGGGAGGUCCUGAGCAACUCUACGCUCACAGACACAACUUGGUCUCCGAAUUGGUCAUGUCCAAACACAACUCCAAAGUUUUCACCACCUCAAACCCACUCUCUUUCUCUCUCUCAUGCCCCAAACCAACUGGAGAUAAUGUUGAAGAUGUGAUCGGAGAUUCGAAGACUGUUAAUUUUCCGGGGACAGGAGGCUUUGGUUUCCCACCUGCUAGCUUCUUUCCUUUCUUACCAAUCAUUGGCAUCCCAUAAUUCAUGUGUUUUGUUGUUUAUGUGAGCCAAGAAAAAAAAUAUAGCAAAUUAAAGGUGUGUUUAUGUGAUAAGAAAAUGUUUUUUGUUGGCUUCUUGUAGUUUUAAACAGUUGUCUUGUACCAAGUUUGUGAUAAUAAGGUUGGGUUAAUCGUUG